AUUUUAAUUUAUAGGCUUUAGUAAUUUCCGUUUCCGAGUCGGUUGUCACACGCAACCGCCGCUUGGGAGCGCGACCGCCGAGGCGAGUGACGUGACGUGCGACGGAAGCCUACAACUCACGUAGUUUCGGUUCCCUGCAAGAAUUUCCGAAGAUUUCCGAAGUUUUGCGUUCUGGUGUUAACGUCACUUCAGCCGCUAAAUCAGAAGUUUCCAAUGAAAACGAUCAUAUUGUGACUGGCCUAACCUAACCUAACCCUUCGAUUUUUUUUAAUUUCAAUUUUUGAGAGAAAUCCGAAGCUGCACGAACGUGGUAGGGAACUGAAACUACGUGAGUUGUAGGCUUCCGACGCACGACAGUGCUUGCAGUGGACCGCGCGGACUGGAAUCGAACAGGGAGAAUCGACCCGUGGCAGGUACGAGACGGACGCGAAGGGCCGGCGCUCCGCGGGGCAUGAAGACGUCAGGAGCGGUGCACCGUAACAGCACACCGUUGGCCCCGACAACCCGCAACACAAGGAUACAUUGUGGCGUGUGUACUACCUGGGCUACUGUCAGGCGCCACUCUAUCUGUGAGUGCGGAGCUUCUGGGCCAGACCGCGCGAGGGCGGGAGAGUCUAGUGUCAGCGGGCUCCAAGGGGGCCGAAGCGCUGUCUGUCCCCGUCCGCCCGGUCAGGUGGCGGUGAAGGUGAUCGACACGGCGCGCCUGAGCGACGACUACUGCCUCAGGAACCUGCACAGGGAGGCGUCGCUGCUGUCCCGGCUGUCGCACCCCAACAUCGUCAGCCUGUUCCAGGCCGUCCGGGGCGGGCCCGUGUACCUGCUGGCGAUGGAGCGGGUGCUGGGAGGCGACCUGCGCAGCCACGUGAGGAGCCGCGAGGGAGGUCGGCUGUGCGAGGAGGCAGCGCGCCGGUUCGGCCGCCAGCUGGUGUCCGCCGUGGCGCACAUGCACUCCAGGGGCGUGGUCCACAGGGAUUUAAAGAUGGAGAACGUGUUGCUGGACGAACAGAAGAAACAUAUCAAGAUAGUCGACUUCGGGCUGAGCAACCUGUGGGACGCGCGCACGCGGCUGUCCACCAACUGCGGCUCGCCGGAGUACGCUGCCCCCGAGCUGUUCGACGCGGGGAAGCGCUACGGACCGGGCGUCGACCUCUGGAGCCUGGGCGUGAUCCUGUUCGGCAUGGUCGCCGGCCGCCUGCCCUUCGUGCUCGCAGCGCCCGAGGCGCAGCACAGCGGACGCACGCGCAAGCACGUGGAGCUCAUCAGCAAGGGCCUUGGCGAGCCGCAGCGCAGCGCCAUCGCCGACAAGUCGCCCGAGUUCCAGAACGUAGUAUCCCGCCUGUUAACACCCAACGCCAGAGCACGCAUAUCUAUACGUGAACUAUCACUCCAUCCAUGGAUCACUGGCCACCAAAAAAUUAAUCCAACCCCAGGAAACAAACAUCUACAUACUGAAGCAUAUAGUUUGGCGGUGUCGAAACUCUCCAAGCUGCUCCGCAUGGACGUCGAGGCCGUCCGGAAGCGCGUGUCGGAGGACAGCAACGGAGACAUCGCAGGUGCGCUCAACAUCGCGGUGCACCUGCAGCUGCGCGGCGGAGGCUCGUCGCCCGCGCCCGUGAGGCACGCCCAGGUGGGAGUCCCCCCGGUCGUGGGGCGGCCUCCUGCGGCGAGCCGGGCCCGGGGACGCGACGAGCAGUCGCCGGGACUCCUGCUCCGCCAGAUGGCCGCCCUGCGCUGCGGUCCGCUCCAGAGGAGACCUGCGGUUGCCCGGCAGACGAGCCACAGACAUGUUUCAACUGCAGUGUCUUCACCCUGUGUCAACAAAUGUUCCAGAAGCUCUCAACUGCCUUGUGACCAAUGUAAAUAUACGCACUUCAAAAUGGUGCGUGGGAUGCCGGUGGAAAUAAAAACUGGGGAAGCAGUUCUUGGUUUCAACCAUUUAUUCGAAUGCAAGAAGGAAAGAGAAUACAUGAAAUCAUCACAAAUAAGUGAACGCUUCAACAUACUGUUUAUGAGAAAAACUCCAUCCAUCACCUUUCCACAUACACCUCUUACAUAGUUGCUGAUAUUGUUUUAUAAUCUCUUUUAUCAAUAUAAUAUUUCAAUAUCAAACAAAAUUUGCUUUUUAGUAACUUUUGAUCUAAAUUUUAAAAAAUUUUAAAAUGUGAUUAUUCAUAAAGGUUUUCAUUUUUAUUUAUUAAUUUAAAUUAAAGUUUCUUUUCAUGUUAUCAAUUUUUGUUAAGUUCUUAAUCUAUUAGGCAUUUACAUUUAUAUGACUUUGAUUUUUUAUAGUUUUUAUUUUACUAGGCUGUAUACAUUUUGG